GUGGCUCAGCCACCAUGGAUGUAACAUUGUGAGGACCGGAGUACUACCGCUGUGUAGAGAAGUAGUACUGUAAAUACGACCACUGUGAUGUAAUCCUGCCAACACGAACGGUACAGGGUUAGACCAGCGUUGUGGUAGUAGUGUUUGAUACCGAAUCCCGAUUACAUACCUACUUAAUACACCACUGAUAAUGGGGUACAGGACUAGCAGAUAGCCACUGUGAUGUAAUUCAGUGUCUAGUACCUGGAGGGGGUAGAUUAACUCCCCUUUUAGCUCCAUUGAGAACGUGUGUUUGUGUGUAAUGUAACUACUCAUGAGGAAAACGACUUCGCUACAAGAAAGCGUGUUUCGAAAUGAACCAUGAGUAAGAGAAAGAUGUAUUUCAUAAGAAAGUCAUGUACUCACUGGAAACAGUGUUGGACGCUGAGAACUGAUGAGUAAGAAGUACGUUCGAUAAAGACAACUCACUCAUCAUGAGGCGUGUUCGAUUGGAGUAUUUCAAAUCUCAGUGAGAAAAGGUGCGUUCGACAUGGACUAAUGAGAAUUGACUAAUGUGAGAAUAAAGGAUGGUUGUAUAUGGCUUACAGUGAUGCAAUCUGCCAUAGCUUACACGUUUGUAAGUCUCUGUUAGACACUCGCGUACGGCUAUAUACGAACUUCAACUCAACUGGUGUGUGCUUGAGAUACAAGCUUCUUUACCAGUACGCUGAUUCACAAAUGGAGAUUCAUUUGGAUUUAUUCAUCUUUGAUUCCAAAACUUUACAGAAAGGUAAAACAUUCUGGUUGACUUCUGUGUGAUAUUAUCAGUGUGUCUGGUUUCUAUGGAAAUAACUGUCUAGUUCACCUGUAUAUCAUGUCUUACCUUGUGUUACCCACACGCACACACAUAUACAUGUGUACAUGUAUUUAUAUCUUAGGUUAUAAUUAUAUAUAACAAAUAUUUGAUAUUUCAAUUCGAUAUAAUUUAUAAAUAAUUUCAGUGUGUUGUCCGUCCUUUAAAUAAGUAACAAAAUAGUAAUUUCGCAUACGUAAAUGGUAUGUCACCUUUAAUUUACCGCACGUGCAAAUCAAGUCGCCAGUUAACAAGCGUAAUUAUAGAAAACAGAUACACUGUCUGCUGUUAAUUGCAUGUGUUUCCAUUGAAACCUAACCCCAGGCCUCACUUUCAAUCAGCUUUACCGUAGUUGAUCUGGACGAGCUGACUGUCGGGCUCAGGGAUGACAAAGUCAUUGAGCUCUGAUGUGAAGACUGUAAACGCGAGGUGUGCUUGGCCUGUAUCUGCUAAUGUGCGUUUGUCUAACUCCAUGCAAUGCUUGUGUUUGUGGAAUCGUGUUCCUCGAGAUCCGGGAGUGUGUUUUGUACCCUUAUACUCCACCCAUAUGUAUGGAGGUUUACCUAGAAUGCACUUUUACAUUCCUGGAUUUCCCCUAAAUGAGUUUGCCGGGAUAAAAACAGAGGAAGUUCCGAAUGGAAUUCUGGAUGGACAGUAUCAUUGGCUCGGUCGGUCGGGUAGCUAACGUCAAGGUACGUAACGAUGACGAUAUUGUGGAUCGCGUCAACCACUUCUACACCACAGGGAUUUUCAUCAUCUUUACGGUAGUGGUUAGUGCCCGGCAGUAUGUGGGAGAUCCCAUUAGGUGUUGGUGUCCGGCUCAGUUCCCGGGCACCCAUGUAGACUACACAAACAAUAUCUGUUGGAUCUCCAAUACCUACUAUAUCCCUAUGAAGGACAUCGUACCACCCAUAGAGCAACUGCACAUGCGCAAGGAGAAGGAAUUGAAUUAUUACCAGUGGGUUCCGGUGAUGCUUCUCGUGCAAGCUUUAUUGUUUUAUUGUCCUUGCAUUAUAUGGCGGCUGAUGAAUGGGAAUUCUGGGAUAAACGUCGACAGGAUUGUAAGUUUGGCUGGGGAUGCCCAAUAUGAAAGUCCAGACAGCCGAAUACGGACUAUUAAAUAUUUGGUCCGGCAUAUGGAUAGGUGCUUAGAUAAUCAAAGGGACACACGUGGGUGGUGCUGUGUGACGUUACGUCAUAUCCUGUCUGCCAAAUUAUCCCUUAUAUGUGGCAGGAGGUAUGGAAAUUACCUUGUUGCUAUAUAUCUCCUUAUAAAGGCCUUAUAUAUUGCCAAUUGUAUCGGUCAAUUAUUCAUGCUCAAUUCUUUCUUGGGGACGGAUUAUCAUGUGUAUGGAUUUCAAGUAAUGGAGGAACUCAUUGAUGGUAAGGAGUGGUCUGCUUCACAUCGUUUUCCAAGAGUCACGUUAUGUGACUUUCAAAUCCGCCAAAUAACAAAUGUUCAGCAAUAUACCGUCCAGUGUGUGCUACCUAUCAAUCUGUUUAAUGAGAAAAUCUACAUUUUCAUGUGGUUUUGGUUAGUAUUUGUAGCUAUAGUUACAUGUUACAGUUUUGCAAAUUGGAUUUGGCAUAUGAUGUUUCCAACAACACGAAUUCAAUAUGUCAGAAAGUUUUUGAAACUGAUGGACAGACUUGGUACCGGUCCUGAUCGGAAGCUUGCUGGACGUUUCGUGCUGGAGUAUUUAAGACAUGAUGGCGUAUUUACAUUACGGUUGAUAGGUAAAAACUCCAGUGACAUAGUUGUGGCGGAAAUUGUAGCUGGACUAUGGGAUAUGUACCGGAGUAAGAAGUCUAUACAAAUACGCUCUAAUUUGAACGGACAUGAGACAGAAGGAGAAGACGUAUGACUAUGUAACGGAGGGUCGCACGUCGUGCAUGAGAGGGAUUAUGGCACAGUAUAAAGGGACGUAACUCGAGCCCAAAGGGGCACAACUCCAAUGUAAUAUUCAGCAAAAAGAAUUGCACUUUAAAAGCGGAAACUUAUGGAAUAAUUAUUCGUCAAUUAAGCCAAAAGGACACUUUAUUAUGUAAACUCCUGUGGACAAAGACAACAUAUCUUCAAGUUCAUGUAUCACUUCGUUCCAUUGUGUGAUCUCCGUUGAUUCAUAUCAGAAAAAUAGUUUACAUUUCUUGCAGAUCUUGAAAAUAUGAACUGAAUACGUUCCUGAUAAUGAAGCAAGUGGAAUACCAGCACACCUACCAAUGCCUUUUUUCAACCAUUAAGGUCGAUACCGUCCUCAUUAUGGUCUUCAGUCAAAGAAACAAUACACAUUCGUUAAGUGAAGUAUCAGAAUAUCACGGCAACAAAAGGAUAGCGUAACCCUCAUGUUUCGUCACUAGUGAUUAAUUAGAAACGUUCGCUACCACUGCCUAUUUGAAACGGCCAUGUUAAAAUGUGUUCUGAAAAAAGACUGAAUAGGUUCACCUAUUUUUCUGAAUUGGAUUAUUUUACACUCUGUGUCCGGCCGAGUGAUAGAUAAGACCAUUCUUUUCGUGAAGAUAUUCUAAAGACCAUUUGAGAAGCAAAGACAUUUCCGGCCAAAAGUUAGAUAUUGUUAUUCGAUACGCAUUUUCUGACUCGUAUCAAGAUGAUUGGUAAGAUAAAAUUUCGAACACUGGUAUAUGACUGUUCAGUUACGGAUGUUCUUAUCAGUAUGUAGGUUGAUCAUUUGGUUAGGAAGAGCUCCGUUUCAAACGCUUUGUUAGCCGCCCAAAUAGGACCUAAAAUACCCGCAAGUUUUACGCAAUAUCAAAAUAAUACAAGUGGCAAGUGCAUAUUCCUGUUGAAAACGAAGUAGCCCGAUACCUUUGACACAAGUCCUAAUAUUUACCCAAAACUAAUGAGCCCGUCCGUAUAUAUAAUGCCGCAAAUAGUGUGGGUUACAGACGCAUAGAGCAGUACGGACUUGGAGUAUUGCGUAGAUCCCUCUCAUGCCAAUAUGGCGACUCUCCGUUGACCGAAAAAUCAUUAAAUCAUUUUAGCGUUUAGAUCAGUGUGUUGAGGCCUGAGGUUUUAAAACGCGUGGGAGACGCAAUCCGUAUAACCACCCGUUUAGUGACGAUUUAACGCUUCUGGUUUAAAAUAAUGAUUAGAAGUCAAAUAGUACUUGUAACAAUUGUGAAGACUUAAAAGCGAUAUCUAGCAAAUCGAAUUAAAAAGUUAAAUGAAAUAGAAAUAAUACAUUCACAUUCUGUGAAUGAGUCAUGGAAACAUCAGACCUAGAUACACUGUACCCAUUUUGUAUAUAAUUGCAUAUGCUAGUGUCAAAUAUAGGCAAUUCAUUGCAUGAAAUCCGUACAACACACGUGUGGGAAACUUUCCAUAAGUGUUUUGGUAUACUUCCUCAUGUUUAAUCAUGUACCAGUAUAUUCCGUUGUAUUCCGGUAUAUUCCGGAAUAUGAUCACCAACAUCAUACCAAUGGCCUAUGAACCAUUAAGUAUUUGUGAAAAUGAUACGAUACUCUAUCAUGUGUCUGUGUGGUGAUCUAAUGGAGGAUGAACGACGUAACAAUGGACCAAAAUUUUACUGCAGAAACUCGAUGGAAUAAUGCCAAAAAUAAAGCAACGAAGAGCGGAACUUGCGCCUUCUUGUUUUGAUGAAAUAUUAUUAAGACGUUCUGAAUUAUUAUGUCCUUUCAGAGAGCUGAGGAAUGUCGCGGACUCUGUCCAUAUAAUUUGUAAUCAGCUUGACCAAAGACUGUGUUCAGUAAAUUCAUUCAUUUCUGAUUUAUCAAACAAAAUUGAUAACGUGCAGACCGACAUAAUGUUUUUGCCCCACAAAAAUAUUUUGUUUCGUCUAUUUAUUAUUAUAAACGUCUGUAUCCUAUGUUUACAUAAUGGUGAAAAAGUAAAAAGUCCGAAUCUAUUUUCAAAUCCAUUUUUACUCAGAAAAAUGCCAUGCGUGGUUCAGGAAAUGCUGACCAUUUUGGACCGCAUGUUGUAGCAUCUGUCAUUCGAAGGAGAUCAAGAUAUAUAGUUGCUUUGGAAUCUUUUUAAUCCAAAUCUAACUUUUGUCCAUAUCAGUUAAAGCUAUGGUAUAUCUUUUUCUAUUUCACAUUUUAAUACCUAUGUCCUUUCAGUAAUUUUGCAACUAACAACUUUUUAAGAUGAUGUGUUAAUGUUAAUAAAUGCGUUUUCAAAUGUACGUGCACUCUUGUACAAAGCAUGGAUAUGCUAUUCAAGUAUGUGCAAAUAACAUUUGUACAUUGGUUUUAAAGUUAUGUUUAAAGGGAAAAAGAAAAACAUUCUUUUUACAAUUUCAUUUGAUAACAUCACUUUGUACUUAUUUAAUAGUGGCUAAAUAUGACCGAUUCUAUCAGAGGUAUACUCUUAGUCUUGACUAGGCGUUUAAACAUCAAACCUGAAAUAUGAAAACGAAAUAUAAAAACGUGUAGAUGUAGUGUUCUUACAUAUAGAUAAUCAAUUAUGGAAAUUAAUCCUGAAGAGUGGAAAUAUUUAUUAGUAUAUAUUUUAAAAAAAUCAGGACCCCUAUAUAAAAAAAACCAUUAUCAUGCCAAGGCAUGGUUCUGUCCUCAAAUGUGUGUUACCUGCUGAAAUAAUGCACUGUUAAAAGGUAAAUAAUGAACACUGAGUUCAAGUAACCCUCUCAAAGUUACUAAAAGCAUGCUUAUAGCUUGAACAAUUCAUACACGGUACAACAAUCCAAAUUAGAGCAUGAUAAUGGUUUCGGGAAUACAGGAAAAGCCCCGAAGAAAACAGUUGUAAUAUCUUUCUCUUUGUUGGUGAUAUUUUGAAAAAUACUAAAACGUUACUACUUUAUUUGUAGUUUUUACAAUUAUAAAAUAUCGAUGAUUUUUUUAUUUACCUUAAUGAAGCUCUCUACAACAGAGCCCUAAGCCCUCGCGAUACCCGUUGAAUGGGGUUAUCUUACCAAACUCUAUGCCAAAGAGGUCGUAGGCAGUUCCUUUAUCAUUCCAUGUUGUGAGGCUACCACGUGCGUCAGAGUGAAUGUUACCUUGUGGAAACUUAGUCGUGUAAUUAGCAUUAUCAAUUAAUCACAAUUUCACAUAUCAAAUAUGCAAAUUUGAUAAAUAUACAAUCGAUUAAAGAUGUGUAUAGCUGCAUGCAAAAUAUAUAUUAUCGUAUCGAAACAUAUAUCUUUCAUUAUUCAUUUUCAUUUUCGAAAUUUCAUUUGUUGCCAGCUAAGGCUACAUUGAAAGGGACAUAACUCUCUCUUAAACAAUCACAAUGAGGACUUGGACAACGUCUGAUAUACCUUCAGUCGAUAUUGUUGGUGUUUUACGUAAUAUUUUGUUUCCUGUCAUUGUAGUUUGUUGUUGAAAUAAAUAGUAACAACUUUCAGUUAACAGAUUAGUGACCAAAGCGUUAAAAGUACUCAAAUUUUAAUAUUUGAGCAUGAAUAUGAGCAUAUAAAUAAGAAGAAGUUGUUUGGAAGAUUUAAAAACGGGUUCCCGCUAUUUUCCGGACCUAAUAUACCUAUUCAACAUCAUGGCUAUUCUUAUUGAUUAAAGUCCACAGGUAUAAAACAUUCUAAAAAGCAAACAUUAAUUUCAGAAUUUGUUCUUGACUCAUUUCGUGUUGUUUUUGUGUCUCAUUCGGUUUAUGAAAAAAAAGGGAAAUAGUUUGGUUGUAGAUAAAUAAGUACAUGUAAAAGUAUACACAAAGAACUAUUUGCCACUGGUUAGCGUAAACCUUGGCUUUAAUCAGUGGUAUUACACCACGCGAAGGGAGCUUAAAAUAAUAAUAAACAAAAAAUGACGACCUAUAUUUAAAAAACCCGAUAUUAAUAUUUUAAGAACUCGUACAACAAAGACCAAAAUGCAAGUAUUAACAAACAAAUCGACAGAAUGUAAGAAUUGCUCUAAUACAUUUAGAGGUUUAGAGAUCGUCGAUGUUCUUUGUGAUAUUUGUGUCAAUUAUAUUACGUUUUCUGGUGUUUGUGAUAGUUAGUUAUUUGUUUGUUAUAUACCUUAGAUUAAUUACUUUACAGAAGUUAGUGUUUUAAGCAUUAUUUAUAAUUAUUUAAUUGCGCAAACAAGUGAUAUUAUUUAUUAGCAUUAAUUAUCAGUAUUGUCAUUCUUUGUGAUACAUGAAAGGUACUUACUAUGGUAUUUUUUCUAUAACAAAUCGAUAUCUUAUUGUUUUUAUGUUUAAGACAGACAAUAUAUUUAAGAUUAUCAAGGUAUUGCAAAUCGUAGGUUGUUUGAAAUAUAUAUUCUUUUUUAAAGAUAAACUUAUUGUUAAUAAUGACGCUAUAAAUGUGAUUUUGUCUUCUUCUGGAUAAAAUACAUACACCAUCUGUUAUAAGCUAAAACAAAUGUAUUACCCAUAUAUUUUCUCGAGAGAAGUCGGUUGCACAUUUAAGUAACCGUACACAUAUAUACAUAAGGUACAUUUGGAUGGUAUUAUUCCUUUACGCAAAAUUUGAUAUCUGAAUAUUCAUUUGACGUGGAAAUGUACCAUCUAUAAAGAAAGUAGUCUCCAAAACUGAAUAAUUUACAACACGCUAUACGCUCCUUACUCUAAGCAAAAUCGUGAUAAAUUAAUCCGGGUUGUUAGCAAAGGUUUGUGACAUGUUGUUUUGUUGUUUUGUUGUUUCAUACUUAAAGUGUUGUGAGUUAGACUUUGUGAUAGCGUAUUGUUUGGCAAACUUUACUUGUGAUACGUUUUCUCUACUUUUUCAUAAAUCAUAUUUAAUUCACUUUCAAUGUAAAAUAUUUGUUACAAAAUAUGAAAUUGGUUUACUUCAUGAUGACCGAUGAUAAUCGCUAUUGUAUGUUAAAAAAUUCAAAGAUAUUGUUAUUGGUUUAUAUUAACAAUAAUCUCCAUUCAAUAUUUAACGAUACCUGUCUAUAGAAUUUCAGACUGAAUACACAAAACUGUUUAUUUCGUCGUAAAACUUAUUAAAUGACACUAUAUUUAGUAUGUGUAGUAUAAUAAACGUCGGCGCAUAUAAUUCAAAUAUCUUUUCAAGUGGGAUAAAAUCCAGGUUUCCAAUGUAAGAGAUUAUACAUAUUUCAACCAAAUUUAUUGGAAGUCAAAAAGAAAAGUGAUAUAUAUUCAACUACUCUAUUCAUAGAUAAAAAAAACCCAUAAACAUACCUUAUAAGGAUACAAAAAAAAGUCCAUUGCCUCAUGUUUGGUGACCGGUUAUAUUAUGGUUUGAAUGGUAUUAAUUUGUGUAUUACAUUUUUAACAGGUGGGGUUUCAGAUAAUAAGAGACCAUGUCAAGGAUAUAAGCUACUCAUUCGGCCUCCCCAAAUUAUUACCGUAUGGUCAUAGUACGCGUAAUUCGCAACAUAAUCAUCAUUUUGCUACUGAUUAUAUACAUUAAUGAACAUCGGUCGAUAUAUAUUGACUUUUACUUGGGAAAUGUCAAUAAAUGCUCAUAAAAAAAGUUGAUAAUAAUGCAAAAUUUCAUAACAACAAAUUUAGCACAAUUAUAGUCAAAAGUUCUUCUUACGACUUUGAGUGAAACUGCAAUGACCUAUUAAGCACAUUUUAAUAUGUCAAUGGUGAGGUGCAUAAAUUGAAAGUAUAAGCAUAAGUAAGACGUGGAUACAUUUGUAAACAAAAUUGACAAAAUUCUUAUUUAAAAAAGUAAUUCGUUCUUUUAUAGUAAGUUUUUUCGAGUUUAACUUUUCAAAUAAACCCAACACUAUGUUUGUCCUUGUUGGUGCUAAUUGUACUGUCAUCAAUUUUAAAAGAUAAAGGCUAUAUUAAGAUUGAUUAAUAACAUGUAUCAUGUCUUUAAAGUGAUAAAAUAUUAAAUAAUUUGGUGUGACGUGCAGUAAGAAGCAUAAACAUGUAACUAAACUUUCUUCCUGUAUAUGUUUAUAAGCAAAGGAUAUUUUCAAAUGGUUAAUUAUUCAUAGUUCGCAUUAACACGCAAUGUGCUCUAAAUUGAUAUAUAUUUCAUUGAUGUUUGUAUUAAACGUGAAUGUUAAGUAACUGAAUCAAUAACUAUAUAAAGAAUGUUCGGUUUCGGAUUAAAUGGGACGAAUUAACACAGAAAUAAUACUUUGUAUUUUUCUAGUUCACGAUAAACACACUUUCGUGGUACAUUGUAAGUAAAGGAAAAGAAUCGGAAUAAAAAAAGAUUUAUUUCAAAGAAUUCGAGGCCAGCUAACUGAAAAUGACCGUUUGGAGGAACCCCACCUUGUAUUGUUUAUUAAAACAAGUGAAUCAUUGCAUGUUGAUUCUGAAACAGAUCUCACUUUGUAUUUGAGCACAUUUUGCACGUUUAAAUAUGUAUAAAGACUCAUUUUAUGACAUAAACAAUUAUUUAAACAACAUGGAAUGUAUUUAUUUACAUUAUGUAGAAAGAACUAUCUCCUGUCGUCAAAUAAUUACAGCGCAUUUAAGAUUGUACUGCAUCUGUGAUGUAAUAAGUCUUGAUACACUCAGCAAAAGUUAAUUGAGGAUGCUUAAAUAACUAACAUUUACAUGAAAUUGUAAACAUCAGUCUCGUUUAUCCAAAAUAGUAUUUUUUUCUAUUUUAUACAAUUACAGAAACAUUUGUUUUAAUGAUACACAGUUCCAUGAUUAAUGAUGACAUUCGGCAUAGCGACACACCAUUAACAAUAAAAAUAAGAGCAUACGAUUUUUUCAAUCAGUUUAUCUAAAUCAUUUCGGAUUUAUAUAUUUGUGUCAUUAUUGAUAAGUUUAUGUACAUAGCUCGUUGUGGUUUCGGCGAUGACAUUUUGCAUAUCCACAGAUUUGUAAGACUGUAGUAUUUAUGAGUCCCCUGUAUAUAUCAGCAUCAUAUCCCUAAUCAAACUCCAUACACAUAUAUAUCACUUUCACAAACUGAAGAUUAAAUGAUUUUGUAUGAAAACUUCCAACUUUACUCGAUGCCUGUUUGUCCUCUGUUUUUACUAGGAGAAACACUGCAUGCGAUUGGAGAGAAUGUAUGUGUAAUCCAUACACGUGUUUAAGUAGUCGUGUACAUACAUGUGCAUGUGUUGAUGCUUGAUAAAGAAUAAGUCAAUGUGUGAACAACAGUUAUCCUUACAGGAUUAUGUGUAUGGUUGUGAGAACGUGAUAGUCCGUAUGGGGUUUCGUAUACCGUUUUCAUCUCUUUCUACAUUGUAUCAAAUAUUGUUCAUUUAUUGUUUGUAUAUAUGAUGCAUUUUGGAGUUGAAUGGGUAAUAAAGUUUUAAAUUAUUUAUUUAUAUUUA